ACACACGGUUUGCCAUUUCGGCAUUUUUGUCCUGCCCGUGGAAUGGUGGAAAUACACGACAUUUCAACCGCAUUGGACAACUGACACCGAAGGUAUUCGUCAGAAUGCUGAUCAAGGAGUAUAGGAUAUGCAUGCCACUAAGCGUCGAAGAGUACAGAAUCGGCCAGCUGUACAUGAUAGCCAAGCACAGCAAUGAGCAGUCACAGAAGGGGGAAGGGGUGGAGGUGAUCAAGAAUGAAGACUGCCAUGAUCCCGUGCACGGCAAGGGAAGAUACACAGAGAAACGCAUCUACCUCUCAAGUCGUCUGCCAGCGUGGAUACAGAAAUCAUUAUCGAAAAUAUGCAAUUACUUCUACGUCACCGAGAAAGCAUGGAACUACUUCCCACAUACCAUCACAGAAUACACAUGUUCCUUUGUACCGAAGUUUAGCAUCUUUAUAGAAACAAGAUAUGAAAAUAAUUCAGGAACCUCUGAAAAUUGCCUACGUCUUUCCGAUGAAGAGCUGAAGGAGCGGCAAGUCUUACACUUAGACAUCGCCUACGAUGACAUACCAGAGAAACAUUACAGGGAAGAGGAGGAUCUGACCAAAUUCCAAUCCAGAAAAACAGGAAGGGGACCCUUGCAGCCGGGCUGGCGAGAACAAUGUCAGACUAUUAUGUGUUCAUACAAAGUGGUACGAGUCAAGUUUGAUGUCUGGGGCUUGCAGUCAAGGGUAGAAAACGUUGUACAUAAAGCAAUACAAGACAUACUUUUGCUCGGUCACAGGCAGGCGUUCGCAUGGAUCGAUGAAUGGUAUGACAUGAGCGAAGACGACGUGAGGAACUAUGAGAAGAGACAGCAGGAGGCCACCAACUGCAAAGUGCAUGCCGGGCUGAAGCGGGAGACCAGUCGGGAGUCGGCCGAGGAGGAGGACGAGUUCACACUUGCAUCGGAGGAGCUAGUCCUGGAUGAGGACUUACCGUCCAGUCCCAAGUAGGGGGGCCAUUCCUUCACGAAACCCCUCGACCUGCAAUUGGACAGGAAGAGCCUAAAUACCAACCUCCAUGGGUUUCAUGGGGGGGGUAGCAACUAGCAGGGCCCUCCCUCGCCCCCCCAAGCUGAAACAAAGGAGGAAAAGACAAAGUAAAAAAAUGGGGCAGAAUGGUACAAAUCAGGAUGAAAUUCAUCAAUAUGCUUGACAAUACCUCAGAAUUGAUCGCUUAAUCAGAUUGCCACUGAUGAGUGCUCUGCACCCCACCCUCCCAGGAAAUUUACCGACCCUUUGAAAAAAGUUCGCCGACACCCCAGAAAAGAAAGAUCCAGGCCACACCCAUGCAAACCUCCCCAGCAUCUUGGCAUUCAUUAAGGGUUUGAUUGUGCCACCCCUACAGUCUUGACUUUGAUCUUUGUGGAAUUUUUUUUUUUUAAGGAAUGUAAAUCGUACAACAGUUCAGUUGAGAACAGGGAAAAAAUACUAUCAGGCCCUAUCUGCCAUAUCUGGCCCUAGCGAGAGAUCCUGAACAGCUGAAACACUGCCAAACUACUACAAGCAAUGAAACUUGGGGGUCUGCUUGUUGAACCUCCUUGGGUAUUAUACAGAACUUCAAAUUCUCUUGGCUUGGCAUAUCCAGUUCAGUGUGAAGCUUUUACUCCAUUGGAACCUGUGCUUGGUUGACAACCUCAACCAUUGCAGAACCCCCCCACAAAUAGUGUCUUCUCGAGAGAGGGAACUGUUUGUUUGUUUUUUUUUUCUGUCUGUACUGUGGAUUGGAGACUCUGAGAUUGUGAAAAUGCCUUUUGGGCGAAGACAUGCUUGCAAUGUUGGGUAGUUAUCACUCCGGGCAAGUUAGCCAAGAACUGUGGAGUAACAGGUUCAAUUAUGACUUGCUGUAUCCAGAUCAAGACCUUACGUGGUUACCCACCUCCGGGUGCUCAGUAGAUGCCUCCUGUACUUAACAUACGGCAACCCCGUCAAGUCUGUAGCAUUUUUCUCUAGAAGGCAAUUUUUUUUUUAAAAAAGGUUCUCGUCUGGUUUUUUAAAUUGAAAAAGGCAGCCUUUUCUUUUUUACUUUUGUGCCUGAAUUGUAAGAGCUUAACUUUCACCCGUUAAACGGGUUUUAAUCGUGCAUUUACAGCCAAACAUGUGGUUUAAAACACAAAGUCAAAAUGUUUCAAACAGUAAACAGGAAACACAGGCAGGCAAAGUACAAGGAAGUUAGUAGGGAAAAGUAGUUUUUUUACUUGGCCCAAGCACAGCGCAAAGAGUAGCCAUCACUCCUUCUGUGUUAUCCACCGUGAGCAGAAGUACCUCCAUGGGUUGAAAAGAGCCAUGUUGGUGGAGACUUUUCAUUUUGUGGGUAGCGAUGGGACCGCAGCACAUGCUUUUCAUAGUCGUCAGUGAGCCAGGAAAUACAAUUCCCACCAAAGGAACCUCUGUUGUUAUAAAAACAGCGCCCUCUUUUGGUCCCGCUUGGGGCGGAUAGUAUAAUGAGAUGCAGUUCUGAAGUCUGGAAGAAGGGAGGACCUGCUUCACAGUGUUCAAUAGAAUUCUUUUCGUGCAAAACCCAAGUUGCUCACAGAUGCUGCAGUCAUUCAGUUCUUGUGUAGGAACCAAACACCGAGUCAGUGUACUGACUUUGUUGCACUUUGUUUGCAUGUGUGCAAUGCAGCCAGUGAGGGGCCACUGUCCACCAUAGGAGACAAAGUGUGGGAUCAGCGGUACACAUAUAGAGAUCUGUUGUGAUUGGAUAGAGUAUGCAUGCAGGACUUAGUUGUAGUAUCAUCGGAAAUUUAGAUGAGCCCAUUCUGCGUUUAAAGUUGGUGAUUUUAACACACAUUGUAUUUAGAUUUGUUUGCAUCUUCCAGUGGUUUCCUUUGUUGUUUUUCCCCUGUAUUGCAUGUAUACUUAUGCCGUAAAGAAGAACUGUUGGUGAAAUUUUGUAAAAGUUUAUUUCAGACUAUAUAUAUAAAAUUAAACAUAAAUGUUUUUAUCUUCCCCAUUGUAAUAUAGAAGUUUUCUUAAAUUCUUCUGAAUAUUCUUCUUCUGAAUUCUUCUGUAUAGUUUGAAAAUUUGGAUGUGUUUGAAAAUAAACCGUCUUACUUGUGAAUCAGGAUUGAGAAGUUUCUGCUUCCAUCUAAACAUAUUUCAACUGCUGGAUAGAUAGAUCGACUUCAGUGUGGUAGACACAAACAUUCUCCAAAUAUUGGCAUUAUAAGACUGUGUUUAUUAAUAGUAUUAUUAAGCAUUGCCGGCAAUGACACCAAGGAUUCCUAAAAUGCCCCCCUUGGCACUGUAGCUCGCAGGCCUGAAGAAACCUGUAGAGAGGGGACAUUGACAAGCAGUUACAGUUCUGGAGGAAAACCCCGGAAGAAUGUUCUGGGUAACUUUACAGAGUCAAUCCGAGUCAUUAGUGUGAUGUAUUUUAUAGAGAAUGCACAGAUGGCAUCAGCAAACAAACAUGAGCUGUGUUCUUGAGGAGAACGAUGCACAUUCACUUGUACAUGGGGAGGAGGGCAGAGAUUUGUGUGCUGACUCUGCUGUAAAUAAUGUGAAUGACUGGAGACUACCAGUGGCCACCCAGCUUCUUUGGCCAAUGAUCCGCCAUCAUGCAUUUACCACAGUACAUUGGUAACACAGCCUUGAAUUUCGAAACCUCUGUGCUUGUGUGCCAAUUACACAUGCCUGAUCAGAAGGCAGAGGACAGUUUCGAGACUGAAGGCUGUCUUCUGUAGAAAAUGGAUCCUGUCAGCAGUCCACCACAGUCAACAGAAGUCUGAAGAGCCUUUAAAGGAGUCGAGGCUCUUCAAGUUCAAAAACACUAUAAUAGGACUGCCAAAUAACUGAAAUAUUGAACUUGCAAGCAUGUUCAGCACAGCUUUGGUAAGCCAUGAAAUCGAUACACCCAGAACGCUGUCAUUUAUUAAGAAGCAGAAAUUGUGGAUCAUUGUUUAGUGAUGGUUCAGCUAAUUAGGAAAUAAUCAAAACGAUCCAAGUCCCCUCCUCAGUAAAUGUAUGCUAUUGUCAGCUGUUAGCCCAAACUUUCUCUUGCAUCCGAACUUUCUCUUGCAUGAUUCAUUUGUUCUUAUCCGACUACUGACUUCCACUGAGCAAACAUAAAUGGAUGUUGAUUGAAGCCUUAAUUAUGUGUUGUGUAAUGUGUUACAUUGUUGAAAGAUCCUGAAGCAUACGGUAACAUAUUUUGUUUAAACAGAUGAAUAUAUAUAAAUGUUGAUAUUUAAUUACAAUUUCUGUUUGAUGUGUGACUUUAUAAAGCUAUAUUAUAUGUUAUAUGUACAUGCCAGUUCCAAUAUGUCAAUAAUUUGAAAUUAUUUAAAUAUUCUGUAAUGCGUUGGAAAUCACUGCAAAUUCAUUAACACUAAAACAGAAUAUAAAGCACGAAAACUCGUCAUGAAAUGAGUUAGAAUCCAUAAUCAUAGUGGCAACUGGAAUUGUUCAAACACUGUAAAGCAAGGGCUGUAAAAUCUUUUUAAAAGUCAAUAAAAAUGAGCAUAUUUUCAAAA